AUGACUACGGUGACUAUAGGUGGUGCAGUGUGGCCAAGACUGCAACCUGAAAAGCUCUGGGCGUGUCGUACACACUAUGGUCCGAGUUUCAUCAUAAACCAUGGAUACACCGACUACAGCUUUGGAGAAUGUGGUACGCGUCUCAGUGCGUGGUUUGCAAAGGUGCAAAUAAAGUUGGGGACGAAUAUAAUUGGAAUGAGCUGUAUGCUCCUGGCAGCAGACUUAUGCUUGCAUGAUGGAUCUACAUGCAUUGGGACCUACGCUACCUCUCUCCUAACUAUGGCGAUGUCAGCAACAGGAACAAACCAGCUUUUGCAUGAAGAAUAA